UACCGUGUUGUCAACACGAAACUCCAUGCGACCGAUCUACUGCUGUGUAGACAGCAUGCAAAAAAAGCAACCUCAUUACGAGUAUUUCUGAAAUGGAUGAAGAGAAAGCAUUCAAACAUUUAAUCAAGCUCACCCAGGAGGGCGACUUGUGUACGCUCAAAAAAGAACUCGGUUGUGACAUUGUUGCACGUUCAGUCAAAAACAAACAUUUUGGGAAAUCGUGUGAUACAUUGCUGCAUUAUGCUGCCCGUCAUGGCCAUUUUGACAUCGUGCAGUUUCUUGUAAAAGAAAUUAAGAUGGAUAUAGAGUUGUACAAUAACGACUACAAAAGAGCUCUGCAUGAAGCUGCGUCCAUGGGACGGAAGGAGUGUGUGAGCUAUCUAAUCUCACAAGGUGCCAAAGUAGACUGCUUAAAAAAGGCUGAUUGGACCCCUCUGAUGAUGGCCUGCACUAGGAGGGACCUUGGAGUGAUCAAGGAGCUAUUGUCCCAUGGAGCUGACCCCAAGCUGAAGAACAAGGAUGGCUGGAACUCCUUCCACAUCGCAUGCAGGGAGGGAGACCCUUUGGUCAUACAGCACCUCCUACUGGCCAACCCUGAAGUCUGGAAGACAGAGAGCAAAACCCUGAGGACUCCACUGCACACUGCAGCUAUGCAUGGCUGUGAAGCAGUGGUCACUAUCUUGUUACAAAGCUGUGGAUAUGUUCCAGAUGGCAGGGAUAGUUGUGGGGUCACACCUUUUAUGGAUGCUGUGAGGAACGGACACAUUUCUGUGGCUAAACUGCUACUGGAGACGCACAAGGCUUCUCCGACUGCAGCAGAUGUCCUAGGUGCCCAGCCAGUUCACCAGGCUGCUAUAACAGCUCAGGAGGAAGCACUCGAAUUCCUGGUGAGGGAUCUCCAAGUGGAGGUGAACCAGACAGCCACUGACAUGCAGCUCACUGCCCUACACUAUGCUGCUAAGGAGGGCCACACAAGCACAGUCAGAAAACUCCUCACAUUAGGAGCAGACCUUCACGUCAGGGACAAAAAAGGGAGAACAGCUCUUCACAUGGCAUGUAGUGGGCAGCAUGCAGAAACAGCCAGGACACUUCUGCAGCUGGGGCUCGAAGACGCGCAGGACUCCUCAGGCACCACUGCCCAACAACUUGCCAAAAAAACAGACGUGCUCACAGUGUUUGAAUAGGACAAAUCUUUUUUGAGCUGAGAAUCAGUACAUUGUAGCUUUUAAUGGUAUUCUGGAUACAUUUCAGAUUGCAUGUACAACAAUAAAGGUACUGUACUUCA